AUGUAUAAAACUUCUGUCCGUUAUAAAAUAUACAAUGUGACAGGAAAAUCUCUGACGCUUGAUCAAAAAAUGCUUUCCCAAAAAAUUUUGACGCUGGUUUCUAUUUUGACUUAUUCAUUCUUUUUACUAUUUCCCAAUGUAUCCCUAUCUUCACCAAUUUCAACGAAUCAUAAUCCUUCCUUAAAUUCUUUUCAAAAAAAACCAGGAAAUCAAAAAUCACCAACAUUAUCGAAUCAUGAUUUACCGUACACUAAAAAAACAGGAAAUAAAAAAGAAAAUGAUCUUACUAUUAAUGUACCUCUACCCCCUUCACAAAAUUCAUUGAAUCAUGAUUCUCCAUUCACUACUUCUCAAAAAAAAACUGGAAAUAAAAAAGCAGAUGAUCUUACUUUUAAUGUACAUCUACCUUCACCAGUUUCAUCGAAUAAUGAUUCUCCGUAUAAUAAUACUUCUCAAAAAAAAGCAGGAAAAAAUAAUGCAAAUGGUAUUAACAUAUCCUUACCUUCAUCAAUUUCAAAACUUAUGUCUCUAUAUUCGCCAAUUAUACCGGGUAAAGAUUCUCAAUAUGAAAAUUCUCACGAAAAAAAUGGAAAUGAAAAAGUUUAUGAUCUUACUAUCACUAAAGGAAGUUAUGCACCUGAUGGUUUCAAACGAGAUAUGUUUCUCAUAAAUGGUCAAUUUCCUGGUCCUCUCAUUGAAUGUAAUAAAGGUGAUACGAUAGUUAUGAAUGUUAAAAAUGAAUUAGAUGAGGAUACUUCGAUUCAUUCUCAUGGAAUCUUCCAACGUGGGACUCCUUGGUAUGAUGGUGUUCCUGGUCAAUCUCAAUGUGGAAUUCCAUCAAAAGGAUCAUUCACCUACAAAUUUAAAGUGGAACAAAGCGGGACGUGCUGGUACCAUUCACAUUCAAGAACUCAAUAUAUCGAAGGAAUAAUCGGACCUCUUAUAAUUCAUGAUCCUGAUGAUCCUUAUAAAGAUGAAUGUGUUGAAGAAAUAAUUGUGAUAUUGCAAGAUUGGUAUCAUACCGAUGCUAAAACUUUAUUGGCUACUUUUUUGAGUCCUGAGAGUCAAGGAAAUGAACCAUCUCCCGAUAACGGUUUGAUUAAUGGACGAAAUUCUUAUAAUUGCUCAUGGGCACCAGAAGGCAGCAAUUGCGUUAAUAAUGCUCCAUUGUCACAAUUCAAUUUCGUUCAAGGAAAGAAAUAUAGACUUAGAAUUAUUAAUACCUCAGCAUUUUCUGCUUUCAUUUUUUCGAUCGAUGGACAUCCUAUGGAUGUAAUUGAAGUUGAAGGAAUGAUGACCAAGCGUCACACAGUCCACCGCCUUCCUAUUAAUGUUGCUCAGCGUUACUCAGUUAUUGUAACAGCUAAUCAACCUGUAAGUCAAUAUUGGAUGCGCGCAGAAAUGGAAACUGCUUGUUAUGCCGUUGCACCAGAUGAUCUCAAUCCUCUAGUAAAAGCUGUUGUUACAUAUAAUGGCAGUACUGAUCAAAGUCCAUCAUCAACUGCUUGGAGUGAUGAUGUUGAAAAUUGUGUGGAUUUAAAUGCUGCAGACCUGAAGCCUUAUAAACCACAAAAAGUUCCUAAUUCAACCAAAAACUUUACGACUACAGCAGUGAUUGUUUUCCAGCCAGAUGCUGAUAAUGUCGUACUAGGAUAUAUAAACAAUUCAACUUAUAAGAUGGACAACAUUCCUACAAUUGUAAAGGUCUAUAAUGGUAUAAAGCAAUUUGCGGCUGAUCAAAAUGUUUUCUUAAUUGAAAAAAAUGAAAUUUGCGAUAUUGUAUUAAUAAACCAAGACACUGGUGAGCAUCCAUUCCACUUACACGGCCAUGUAAUGUGGGUCCUCGGCUCAGGUGAAAGUGGCACCCAACCAGAUUAUAGUAAACUAAAUACUAAAGAUCCAAUACAACGAGAUACCGCAACUGUUCCUGCUGGCGGAUGGACUAUUCUUCGAUUUGUAUCAGACAAUCACGGUGUAUGGGGAUUUCACUGUCAUAUUGAGUGGCACGUUGAAGCAGGACUUGUUGCGCAAUUCGUUACGCAACCGGAUGAAAUUAAAAAAUUAAACCCACCUGAUGAUUGGAAAGCAUU